GGAGGAGGGACCGGUGCCUGCCGACCCCGGGGAGCGGGGUGGUCUGUCCUGCGGUAGCCCGAGCCGGGCAGGGCCCUCAGUCCGCCGGAGCGCCGCGGGAGCAUUUCUGGCCUCGCGAUCCCAGCUGCUGCCGUCCACAGCACCGGGGCGGGACUCGCCCAGCUGGUGUUCCCCCGCUGUCCGUGGCCAGCCCAGGGCAAAGGCAGCGGCCGGGCACAUAUACUGGGCUCUGCCUUCAUCACUGUUCCCGUGAAAACGAGGGUAUUGGGCCAUAAGCGAGACAGCUGUUCCCUGCUGCUGUCGUGGGGGCGCCUUCCCGUCGUCAGCCGGAUCCUUCUGAGUUGUACUUGAAGCCGCCAAAAUGGUUUUGGCAGAUCUUGGAAGAAAAAUAACUUCGGCAUUGCGCUCACUGAGCAAUGCCACAAUCAUCAAUGAAGAGGUUUUAAAUGCUAUGUUAAAAGAAGUAUGUACAGCAUUGCUGGAAGCUGAUGUUAAUAUCAAACUUGUGAAGCAACUUAGAGAAAAUGUCAAGUCUGCAAUUGAUCUUGAAGAAAUGGCAUCUGGCCUUAACAAAAGAAAAAUGAUCCAGCAUGCAGUCUUUAAAGAGCUUGUUAAGCUUGUAGAUCCUGGAGUCAAGGCAUGGACACCUACCAAAGGAAAACAGAAUAUUAUAAUGUUUGUUGGUUUGCAAGGAAGUGGUAAAACAACAACUUGUUCAAAGUUAGCAUACUUCUAUCAGAGGAAAGGCUGGAAGACAUGUCUAAUAUGUGCCGACACAUACAGAGCAGGUGCUUUUGACCAGUUAAAGCAGAAUGCCACAAAAGCAAGAAUUCCCUUUUAUGGGAGUUAUACAGAAAUGGAUCCUGUAAUAAUUGCCUCAGAAGGUGUUGAGAAAUUUAAGAAUGAAAACUUUGAAAUAAUCAUUGUUGAUACAAGUGGACGUCACAAACAAGAAGACUCUUUGUUUGAAGAAAUGUUACAAGUUGCUAACGCCAUACAACCAGAUAACAUUGUUUAUGUGAUGGAUGCUUCCAUUGGCCAAGCUUGUGAAGCUCAAGCUAAAGCUUUCAAAGACAAAGUAGAUGUAGCUUCUGUUAUUGUUACUAAGCUUGAUGGACAUGCCAAAGGAGGGGGAGCUCUUAGUGCAGUUGCUGCCACAAAGAGUCCUAUUAUUUUUAUUGGAACUGGUGAGCACAUAGAUGACUUUGAACCCUUCAAAACACAGCCUUUCAUCAGCAAGCUGCUUGGUAUGGGUGAUAUUGAAGGAUUGAUAGAUAAAGUAAAUGAGUUAAAGUUGGAUGAUAACGAAGCACUCAUAGAAAAGCUAAAACAUGGUCAAUUUACAUUAAGAGAUAUGUAUGAACAAUUUCAAAACAUCAUGAAAAUGGGACCAUUCAGUCAGAUCUUGGGCAUGAUCCCUGGCUUUGGAACUGACUUCAUGAGUAAAGGCAAUGAACAGGAAUCAAUGGCAAGGCUAAAGAAACUCAUGACUAUAAUGGACAGUAUGAAUGAUCAAGGCGGUGAUAUGUCCAAGAACGUAAACCCAUCUCAGCUGGCCAAACUGAAUCAGCAGAUGGCAAAGAUGAUGGAUCCAAGAGUUCUUCAUCAUAUGGGUGGCAUGGCAGGUUUGCAGUCAAUGAUGAGACAAUUUCAACAAGGUGCUGCUGGGAAUAUGAAAGGCAUGAUGGGAUUCAAUAAUAUGUAAAGAAGCCUUAAUACAAAUGGACUUGGUUGACUCUUCAUUGCAACUUCAGUGAAUGAAUUUGCUUUCUUCCUUUUUACAGUGAUGAGAGAGUGGUCUUUUGAAAUCUUAUCCAGGCUUCUCAGUUUCUACAUCUAAUUUCUGAAAACUAUUUUUGCUUAAAUUAGUUCCUCUCCACUAAUAACUGAUGGCACAAAGAGCAAUUCAAUUUAAUAAAACAAAAUCAUGAUGUAAAAUUUUAAUAUUUAGAGACACUUUUUAAUCGUUUACAUCAAAUGGCAGCCAUUAUAUUUGUAAACAACCCUGAUCUUUGGUUAUAGUAACAUAAAAUGUCACAAAUAUACUGUAAAAUAAAAUUUAAGUGGUUAUAAACAAGGGAA